AUGUCUGAGCCAGAGAGAAGUCUCUGUUCAACAAAAUACAAAACUGUUCCAGCGUCACAAAAUGAAACUGAAUAUCAAAUUCAACGAUCGGCUAGAACCCCGAAACAUUCAGGCACUUUGAAUCCAUAUAGAAGGUCCUGUCACUCCUGCGACUACCAGCGGGAAAUUCAAAAUGAACAUCGUAAAAUUAAUUCAAAAUUAAGGACUUUGGACAGAAGAAUAGUCAGAAGCGAGCAUGAUGUUGCUGUGCGUGCUGAUAAAGAGUUCAGCGAUUUCGAGGACUAUUUCCAUAAGUCUUCCUCUCGGAAAUUCAGUUCCAGUCGUGGAAGGUUGAAAAAUACGAAAACUAGGAAUCAAUCUAAGAACGGAACAAUGCAAAAUGGAGGAUCGAAGCAUUUGAAAGCCGGAGAUCCACGUGUUUCAAGAAAAUGGGGGACUAUUGAUCUAGAACGAGGACACGUUGGCCAAAAAAUAUUCGCGUACGAGGAAAAUGCUAAACGCGGUAGUCAUAAUUGGGACACUGCCGAUAAGUAUCAAGUAUUUCCUGAGAUAAAGAAGCACAGAGCUAUUGGUGUACCAUUGGUGGGUAUGCAUAACGCGUGUGGUUUACCAGUAGUCGCUUCUUGGCAAGGUCAUCAGCUGUUGGAACCUUUAAGAAUGAAAGGAAGAGUUUUGGGAACAUUAAGACCAAUUUAUAAGGGACCCCGUGCAUCUUUGGACCUCCACCAUCGAACUCAUCCAAAAAGAAAAAUGCUAUUACCAAAUAAAAGUGUUCCUAAAAGGACAUGUCCUACAGAAUUGAGAGAAGUCGGUAAGAAAGUCGAUUACCCGUCGAUAAAGUCAUUAGUUUCUCUUGAUGCACCUGGUGGCGAGGUUAGGAGGCGAAGAAGGCAUCGCCCUUCGUUCAAAGCAAAAAAAACUGGGACAUUUUCGUCGAAGAGUUCAGUGAAAAGGAAGGCGAGAUCGGCUGUAAGAAAAAAUAAAGAGAAUUCAGUGGCUGGUAGCCUUCGUAGGAAAUCUUUCGAAGUUGGAAGCACCAAGAGGCAAACAUUAUACGCUAGGGAUGACGGGGAGGAUGCUGUGCAAGUUCUGAAGAGCUUAUGCUUAAAUCCUUUGGCGCGAACUAAAUCCGAAACUGACAUGAUAUGGUGA